AUGUCGUCGAAGAAAAGAAAGCAAAUCGAUGGAGACGUGGAAAAAUCGCGAAGUCGCUCGUCGUCGCCGCAGAAGAAAUCGAAAACCGAAUCGGUCGAAUCAAUGUCGAUCGAGGAGUCGAACAAACUAAGAGCUUCUCUCGGUCUCGCACCGCUUCAGAUCGACGAGCCGAAUAAGGGAGAAACAUUGGCGGACGAUGGAAGCGGCGAGAAAAUCUACAACGAAGACGGCUUCGAAUUCCGGCAUCGAAAGCCGGCGAAUUGGGCGGAGAUGAAGCGCGAGCAAGAAUUGAAGGAGAAACUGGAAAUCGCCAAAAAGAAACGCGAUGUCUAUUCAAAAGUGCUCAAGUCGAAAGGUCUCGCCGACGCCGAUUCCGACGAUGACGAAUCGACGCAAAAUUGGGUGCAAAAAUUGCGGCGAAAAGAGGAGGACGAGAAGAAGGCGGCCGAGCGGGCGAAAUUGUUCGACGAAUUUGAAAACGAGAUUCUCGAGAAGGAAAAAUCGAAGAAGAAGAAUGGGCAUAAAAAUCGAAAAUCGUCGCAUUGCCCAACAACGGCGGGCCUCGUCGUCGGCCAUUCACUCGACGCCUUCACCGAAGGUCAUCAGAUUCUUGUGCUCGAGGACAAGGGUGUUCUCGACGAAGGCGACGAGGUUCUAAUGAAUCCGAAUCUCGUAGAAAAUGAGCGACAUUCGAGAAACGUCGAAUUACGCAAACGAAAGGACCAUUAUAAAGGAUUUGACGACAAUUCCGAUAAGGCCGGCGUCAUUCUCGCCAAAUACGACGAAGAGUUGGAGGGAGCACAGAAGCAGCAAUUCCGACUCGAUGAUAAGGGCGGUAUGGAUGUGAGCGAAGAGCUGAGAGAGAAAGAAGCGCUCAAAAAAAUGCAAAUGGCCGGCAAACGACUCGAAUCGCUUGAAUCGGUCGGCGCGCUGAAAUUGGCCACCGAGUUCUACACGCACGACGAGAUGGUCGAGUUUCGAAAAAUCAAAAAACGCAAAUCGGCGAAGGCGCGAACGCGACGAACGCUGAAAGCCGCCGAUUUGGAGCCGAUCGAGCGCGCCGACGAACGCAAAGAUUUUGGACGUCGACGUUCUCGCGAUGACGAGAAUAUUAAGGAAGAAUCUGAAAAUGGUCCUGUUGUCGAUUUGGCACGCCUUCAGAAGCUCAAAGACGAAGCGUUGGCGGACAACGACGACGAUAGUGAUGAUGAUUUGCUGCCGACUGGCGGAAUCGAUAUCGCCGGCGUCGUCAUCGACGAUGACGCCGAAGACGAGCUGAACGCGGUGUUGGCGAGAACGCGAAAACUGAAAGAAGCCGAGCACGUCGGUCAUCGAGACGUCGGAGCCAAGGUGAAAGCGUUGAUGGCGUGCCACGAGACGACGCCAUCGGAAUCGAUAGACAAUGAGAAGAAGAUUUGUUUCGACGCCACCGUCGAGUAUUGCCGUCAAAUCGGAAAAUCGGGAAUUCUCGAAGACGACGCUCAAAUGAAGAAUGAGGAGAUGCAGGAGCUGGAGCAGGAUGAUGAUGGGUUUCAGCGAGAGCAGCGCAUCAAAAUCGACAAUGAGAUUAUUGAGAAGGAAAAACGCAAAAGAGCUGAUAGCUGCGGAUGGAUGGCCGGCGGCCGUCCGAUCUCGACGACAUUGGACAGCGACGACGAGGAGGCGCUGAAAGAGGCUGAAAAUCAGAAAUGGUACGAAAAUGACGAUGAUGAUGAGGAUUAUGAGCCGGCGCUUGGAGAAGAAGUCGAUGUUUCGAAGGGUGUUGGAGCAAUGCUCAAAUUGGCCGCUCAGAAGGGUUAUCUGGAUGAUUCUGGGCGUCGACGAGCCAAUGGUCCCUCAUUGGACCAUUUGAGAAGCAAGCAUCGGACCCAAAUCGACCCGACGAAACAUGAUAUUGAGGACAAAUAUAUGAAGAAGCUCGAUCGUCUCGGCACCACUGGCAAGGGACCAUUACAGCCGUUCGUCGAGAAGACCGAAUAUCAUCCGGAUGUCAAUAUCACGUAUACGGACAAAAAAGGAAGAGACAUGGACGCGAAAGACGCUUAUAGAGAGUUGUCAUAUAAAUUUCACGGUCGAACUCCCGGCAAGAAGCAGCUCGAAAAGCGCGCGAAUCGAAAAGACAUCAAAGAGCGAAUGUUGAAGACGAACAGCUAUGAUACGCCGCUCGGCACGCUCAGCAAGCAGCUCAAAAAGCAGAAGCAACUCGCGACACCGUAUUUGGUGUUGAGCGGCGCCACCGAUCAGUGA